AUGAAACUAGAAACGUUAUUCUGCAUCGUUUUUUAUUCAGUAUCAUACGCAAGAGACUUGACACAAGAAAGGGGGCAUUUAAAACCAUUUGGAUUUACAAAUUCUACUCUAAAAUGCGAUGAAGUUGAGAAGUUCCCCUCACCCGAUGUAUUUUUCAGGAAUUAUGUUUUCCCUAAGAGACCACUUGUAAUGAGAAAUGCAGCAAAAAUUUCCCCAGCUUUUAAAUUGUGGACAGACGAUUAUUUUCUUCAAGUUCAGGAACCAAGAGAUCAUGUUGUGUCAGUGGAAACCGAAAAGAAGGAAAAUCGCAAGCAGGAUGUGCAUGACAUGCCCUUUACAGAAUUUGUUGGCAGUUACAAUAAUUCAGGGAUAUACAUGGUAAACCCGGUACCAAAAUUCAUUAGUCAGGAUAUCGUUCUUCCUUGUUGUAUGCAGUGUCCAUUUAUAGUGGAAGAAAAACUAGUGGAAAACAUAAUGUGGUUCAGUAGUGGAGGAACUAAAUCUGUUGUGCACACAGAUUCUGUAGAAAAUAUCAAUUGUCUGUAUCGAGGAGACAAGCAGUUUGUGAUGGUAGAUCCAGAUAAAUAUGGAGACAAGGUAGAUCUGGACCAUCCAGAAGGUUCUUACUCAGGUGUGGAUGUGGACAGUGUUGAUUACACCAAGUACCCUGGCUUGGCUGAUGUGGAAUUCUACACCAUUAAUAUAACAGCAGGGGAUUGUCUUUUUAUUCCAUAUAAAUGGAUUCACCAGGUUCGGUCCUUUGAUAGUAACCUGGCUGUAAAUAUUUGGUGGAACCAUUUUAUCCCAAAAGAUGUUUCACUGGAAUCCUGCAACUCAGAGUGUGACCUUGACCUGACCUUAAAGACAGCUGAAUUCCGAGGCUUUGAUCAAGUCAUGGAGAGUGUUGAUGCCAUAAAAGAACAUGUUUACGCUCUUCUUUCAAGGCUAAAAAAUUGUGACUAUCAUUCAUUUCUGAAUGGUUUAAUUGGGGAUGAUAUUGAAUUUUUGGGAAACAACAAUAUUCCUUAUGAUUCCUUAAUGAGGAAGAUAUUCCAGGAGAUGGAUAAAAAUAAAGAUGGAUCCAUUAAUGAGGAAGAACUAGACAAAAUGGACGAGCAGAAUUGGCUGAGAGUGCAGCAGACAAUGGAUGAAUUAAGUCACCUGAUUAAAGAUGCAGAGAGUCUGGAUAAUGGAGAGUUCAGGUUCAAGGAUGAGUUAUAGAGGCCAAUCAAGGGAAACCAUUCAUCACCUCAUUUGAUCUGAAACCUAGUCUACCCACCAAUGAAAUCCAUUUGUUCUUAAGAAUAUACUGAGUUUAAUUUUGGCUCCAAACACAUUUUGAUAAUGUAUUCAAUAUUCAAAUUGAAAUUAUUUUUCAGUUAAUAUGGUUUAUUUUUGAAGCUAAAGUGACAUUUUUUAUGCUUCAAUUAACAUUUGUGUAUUAAAAGAUUACGCAUUUGUUAACCAGGUACUUAAUAAUUACUUCUCAGGAACUCAUUUCUUUCACAUUAUCUCAGUGUAAAUCUGAGGAUUGCUCAAUGAUACAUUUUCAUGUAGAAAUCAAGUUACAGUUGAACUUUGAUAUCUCGAACACUGAUAUCUCAAAUCCCCUGGAUAUAUUGAAGUAUUUUAGAAGUCUCAACCAUUGUUUCUUCAUCAUGUAUUUUAACCUUGAUAUCUGCUAAAUAUAAACAAUAUUUUUUAUUAAUGGACUAUAAUUACGAAGAAAAAUGAUUGGUUUAAAGCUGUGAUAAUUUUCACCUUACUUCUUUUUUCAUGCCAAUUGCAAGAUCUUUUCAUCCCAUCUUUAUUAUUUAAAUAAUAUUAGAUGUAUGAAUUGAAACAAAAUAAUACUUCACAAAAUGUAGGGAAAUCUGUAUCAUCAUUUAUGUGAUUCAUGCAUUCCAGCAAGUUGAUACCACCUUUGUUUGAUAACUUAUAAUUUAUUUUUUGUCAUUUUUUUCAAAUAACAUUAUUUUUAGUUCACCUCAGCCAAAGGCUCAAAUGAGCUUUUCUGUUUUAAUAUUUGUCCAUCCGUCAACUGUUAAUUUUUCACAUUUUUGGCUUCUUCUCAACAACCAUUUAGUUUUGGAUAAUUGAGAUUCAAGUUUUCCAGAUGAAGAGCCAAGUCCCAUAUUAUACUAUUAGUCUUUUAUUAUAUACUAGCCUUUUAUCGUCUUAUUUGAUUAUUCAACUUAAUUUAUUUUAUUGUAUUUAUAUUAAAAAAAAACAUGUUCAUGUAAUAUUCAUGAGAAUCCCACUGGAAAUUAGCAUAUCAAAUUUUUCAUGGAUUAUCCUCGGGUAUACAUGGCUCUAUAUCUUCAUCUUUUCCUUGUGAUUUAUGUUUAUCAAUGUCUUUUUUUAACAGUCAAUUUUUAAGAGCAUGUCAUUAUUUCACUUGUAUUUUACAUGUUAAUUUUAUGUGCUUAAAUAGGAAUGUUUUUAAAUCCUCUUUAAAAAUAGCAGGGUGCAAUGAGUCAUUAUAGAAGCAACUCCAUAAAGUGUAGAAUCAUUUUUGUUGAAUCAUGGCCCCUGGGGCUUUGGUUGAAGUCACAAUAUAGCAUUCCACAUUAACAGAAUGCCAACAAUUAUACAUAUACAUGUUUACAUGUAUCAAAAUAUAAAUAUCUCAGUGAACACUGUCAUAUUGAUAUGCCAGCUUCCUCAUGUUGGCAAUGGCAGGGGUCACAAUAGGGCUAAGGUUGAUGAAGUCACAACGAAGAGUUGUGCAAGAGUGCAGUCACGCUAGGGGAUAAAAAUAAUAAUAAUGGGAAUAAAUUGGAAAAGUCUCUAAAAAUCUUCUAAAAGCAUGGCCAAGGUUAUUCAGGUGAGUGAUAUGGCCCAUGGGCUUCUUGCUUGUUAUGAAAUCCACAUAUUUUUACUGCUUAAUAUGAAUUAUAAGAAUGUUAUAUUUGUUUCUGUUCAUAGGUACUCCACCUUUUGAUUUGAAAAUAUUUAUUAACCAAGUGCUUACUUUUGCUAUUUUUUUUACAUUCUGUUCAUGAACUUUUAUAUUUGUAUAAGUAUACAUUUAAGUACACUUGCAAUGUAUGU